AUCAGUGAUUUCAUUAAUUAAAUUUGAAAAUUUUAAUAAUUUCAUAAAAAAGUGUAAUGAUUGCAUAUUUGAUUUGGUUAGUGAUAAAAUUAUAAUAAUGAUGCAUUUCUUUGCCUCCACAUUAAGUAGAGUACAAAACCAACCCUAAAACUCAAGUAAUCAAAAGUAAUACACGUACAAUAAAAAAAAUAAAAUCACCUGCUUCAAUCAUCCCAACAUUCUUACCAUGCAAAAAGAAAAUGACUCGUUAUACACUUUAAUAAAGCAAAGCAACAAUCUAGCUUUCUGGAACUUGUACAACUAUAAAUAAUCACUCCCACUACCACAUUUCUCACCACAAACCACUAGCCAUGGAUUCUACUUCAUGGGUCAUCUACCUAGCAGCUCUGCUUGCAUCUGUCGCUCUCUUGAUCAAGGCUUUCAUCGGUGGCUUCCGUAGCAGGAAGCUCAACCUUCCUCCCGGCCCAAAACCGUUGCCAAUCAUCGGCAAUCUCAACCUCAUCGGUUCACUACCACACCGUUCCAUCCACGAACUAUCACAAAAGUAUGGACCGUUGAUGCAGCUCCGAUUUGGGUCAUUCCCAGUUGUUGUGGGAUCAUCGGUGGAGAUGGCGAAACAGAUCUUGAAGACCCAAGAUCUCAAUUUCGCGUCGAGGCCCAAGACCGCGGCUGGCAAGUACACGACAUAUAACUACUCGGACAUCACAUGGUCCCCAUAUGGGGCCUACUGGCGCCAGGCUCGUAAGAUGUGUAUCAUGGAGCUUUUCAGUGCGAGGCGGCUCGACUCGUAUGAGUACAUACGUGUGGAGGAGACUCAUGCGCUCCUCCGUGGCCUCUUCGCUGCAUCAGGGAAGGCUAUUACACUGAAAGACUAUCUAUCCACCGUUAGUCUCAACGUUAUAAGUAGAAUGGUGUUGGGGAAGAAAUAUACUGAGGAAUCAGGGUCUAAGACGCCGAUUGUGACACCGGAGGAAUUUAAGAAGAUGAUUGAUGAGCUGUUCUUGCUUAGUGGGGUGCUGAACAUAGGCGAUUCCAUACCGUGGAUCGGGUUCUUGGAUUUGCAAGGGUACGUGAAGCGGAUGAAAGCGCUUAGCAAGAAGCUGGACCGGUUUCUUGAGCAUGUGAUCAACGAACAUAAUGAUAGGAGGGCUGGCGUGAAGGAUUAUGUGGCUAAAGACAUGGUCGACGUGCUGCUGCAGCUCGCCGAAGAUCCGACUCUUGAAGUCAAGCUCGAUAGGAGCGGCGUGAAGGCCUUCACACAGGACUUGAUCGCCGGCGGCACUGAGAGCUCGGCUGUGACAGUUGAGUGGGCCAUAUCGGAGCUAUUGAAAAACCCGGCGAUCUUCGAGAAAGCAACCAAGGAAUUAGAUAGAGUGAUCGGCCAACAUCGAUGGGUUGAAGAGAAGGACGUGGCCCACCUGCCCUACAUCGAAGCGAUCAUGAAAGAGACGAUGAGGAUGCACCCAGUGGCGCCAAUGCUCGUGCCCCGCCUUGCCAGAGAGGAUUGCACCAUUGAUGGCUAUGAUAUUCCAGCAGGGACCCGGGCACUUGUUAACGUAUGGACCAUUGGAAAGGACCCAUCUAUUUGGGACAACCCAGAUGAGUUCCACCCGGAGAGGUUCAUUGGGAGGGCAUGUGAUGUGAAGGGUCAGGAUUUCGAGUUGCUACCAUUCGGAUCAGGGAGGAGGAUGUGUCCAGGUUAUAGCCUAGGGCUUAAGGUAAUCCAGCUUACUUUGGCCAAUCUCUUGCAUGGGUUUAAAUGGGAGCUGCCGGCGAAAAUGGCACCAGAAGAUUUGAACAUGGAUGAAAUCUUUGGCCUCUCGACGCCUAAGAAGGACCCGCUCGUGACCGUCGUCAAGCCACGCCUUCCGGCUCAUGUAUACCAACCAUGAUUAAAGAUAAAUGUCUUAGUUUAUGCUCUUAAGUUUGCUAAUUAGUUUGUAUUUAGUUAUAAAAUGUGAAAUGUGGUAUGUUUGUGUGGCUAAAGUAUAUGUACGAG